AGCCCCACAUUCCACACUCACUCUUUCCUCCCCUUUAAACAGUCAUACAUUUAUCAAAAAGACAGUGACUGAUUUUUCUCUCUCUAAAAAAUUUAUCUUCUUUCAUGGCUUCUCGCCGGAAAAUCAAGAAUUCCCGCCGGAAACUAUAUUUUAACAGUAGUUGAAUUCACAUUCUUGAGUAAAACGGUCGGCACAAGAAUAUAAAGGGUUUUCAUUAAUGGCGGUGUUUUUAAGAUUUGUUUUUUGUGCUUUAUUCUUUCCUUUGCUCGGACUUACACAUUACCGGGUUUUGUCGGAGCCUACACAGGAUAAGCAAGCUCUCCUUGCUUUCUUCUCUCAGAUCCGACAUGCGAAUCGGGUUCAAUGGAAUUCUUCUACUUCUGCUUGUACUUGGUUCGGAGUUGAAUGUGACCCGAAUAAUUCUUUCGUUUAUUCACUGAGGCUUCCUGCUGUUGGUCUCGUCGGAAAAAUUCCUUCUAACACUUUAGGCCGGCUGACUCAACUUCGAGUUCUCAGUCUUCACGACAAUCGUCUAUCUGGUUUAAUCCCUUCGGAUUUUUCUAACCUUAAGCUUCUUCGUAGUCUCUAUCUCCAAAACAAUGGGAUUUCCGGCGAGUUUCCGAGGAGUCUUCCCGGGUUGACCCGGUUAAGCAGACUGGAUCUUUCGUCGAAUAACUUCACUGGUACUAUCCCUUUCUCUAUCAACAAUCUGACCCAUUUGACUGGACUUUUAUUGCAGAACAAUAGCUUUACUGGUACUCUUCCGAGUAUUAAUUCACCAGGCUUAGUGGAUUUCAGUGUGUCGAAUAAUAAUCUGAAUGGGUCAAUUCCUACCGCACUUUCCAAAUUCCCAGCUUCCUCUUUUGCUGGUAACAUUGAUUUAUGUGGAGGCCCAUUGCCUCCAUGUACCCCAUUUUUUCCUUCUCCUUCACCUUCACCUUCCACAGAACCAAAAACCCCUCCGUCAAUUAAGAAAUCCAAGAAGCUCUCUACAGCUGCCAUUGUUGGAAUUGCUGUGGGUUCAGCAAUUGGGGUUCUUCUCCUGUUGUUACUCCUUUUCUGCUGUUUACGUCGAAGAAAAAAGGACACAUCAACGGCACAAAAGCCUCCGGUAGCAUCAAGAGGCGCCGUGGCAGUAACAGGAGCAGCAGGAGAGGCAGGGACAUCAUCGUCUAAAGAUGAUCUAACGGGUGGUUCGGGUGAAGGGGAGAGGAAUAAACUUGUAUUCUUUGAUGGAGGUGGGUAUAGCUUUGAUCUUGAAGAUUUGUUGAGAGCUUCUGCAGAGGUACUAGGAAAGGGGAGUGUUGGAACAAGUUACAAAGCUGUUCUUGAAGAAGGUACUACAGUUGUGGUGAAAAGGCUUAAAGAUGUUGUGGUUCCAAGAAAAGAAUUUGAGCAACAAUUAGAGGUAUUGGGGAAGAUGAAACAUGAAAAUGUGCUACCUUUAAGAGCAUUUUACUACUCUAAAGAUGAGAAAUUGUUGGUCUCUGAUUACAUGCCUGCUGGAAGUUUAUCUGCUCUUCUUCAUGGUAGUAGAGGAUCAGGGCGUACGCCACUUGACUGGGAUAGUCGAAUGAGAAUAGUGUUAGGUGCAGCAAGAGGCAUUGCAUACCUCCAUAUUUCAGGAAAAGUUGUCCAUGGAAACAUCAAGGCUUCGAAUGUUCUCCUUAAACAAGAUAACCAGGAUGCGUGUGUAUCAGAUUACGGAUUGAACCCUCUUUUCUCCACGUCAGCACCAGUUAACCACCGUGUUGCAGGAUAUCGUGCACCUGAAGUUGUUGAAACUCGAAAAGUCACAUUUAAAUCUGAUGUGUAUAGCUUUGGAGUGUUAAUGUUGGAGCUCUUAACGGGGAAAGCUCCUAACCAAGCUUCACUAGGUGAAGAAGGCAUCGAUUUGCCUAGAUGGGUUCAAAGCGUUGUAAGAGAAGAAUGGACAGCAGAGGUAUUUGACGUUGAGCUAAUGCGAUACCAUAAUGUGGAAGAAGAGAUGGUACAACUACUUCAGAUAGGAAUGGCAUGUGUUGCUACCGUACCAGAUCAACGACCUGCCAUGACGGAGGUGGUUAGGAUGAUCGAAGAAAUGAAUAGAGGUGAUACGGAUGAUGGUCUUCGACAGUCCUCCGACGAUCCCUCUAAAGGUUCCGAAGGCCAAACACCUCAAGACUCUAGAGGUUCACCUCAUGGUGUUACACCAUAAAACUGAAAUUAAUCAUAAAAAUGGAUGGCUUGAUUUGUUAAAAAUUCUCAGGAAGCCUAAAGUAAAUUGUAUUAGAUUCUUAGGGGGACGUUUGGGGGGGGGAGCCUUUAUGUGUCUUUAUUUUAUUUAUAUUUUUUUUCUUCUUGAAAUUAUUUUGAGAAAAUUUGUGCAAUGAUUUUUACAGAUGGUUAGUUGAGGAAUUUGAAUAUUUAAGUGAAGUGAUUGGGAAAUUGGAAUUGACCGUGUGAGGGAUUCUCGGUUGUUUAAAAAAAACCAUCUGUUUCUUUUUUUUGGUAUAAAAAGCUGUUGUACGCAUCCAUUAUUUAUUUAUUAGUUAAAUA